AUGUGUCUUGCUUUGGUCGAAAUCGCCGAGGCGGUGCGCGAUAGGCAACCAACAUUCUUAGCCACCGAGACCUGGCUGGACGUCCCAUUCUCGGUGACAGCGCCGUCCCGUACCCAAGAAUUAUUCAGCCAGGCCGCAGCUAUACCGUCGAUUCUGCAGCAAAUCGAUAUGCUUCCAGAAAUAUUCAGCUUCGAAAAUGAACUUGAUUUGCGUGAAUCGAUCCGGUCCCUUCUUGAGGUCUUAAAACGUCUUUCAACCUGGGAGAUUUCUUCGGGCCUUGCAACGACCCGUACCCCUUCUUCAGUUCAUGACCUCACACUCGGUAAUUUCAACAUGUCACAUGUCUCUUCGAACGCGACAUGCUUUCCUAGCAUUUCCGUCGCAAAUGGAUUGACUCAUGGUUGGGCAUUCCGAAUUGUUUGUCUGCUAGAGAUACAAAACAUCUUGCUACGUUUUCCGAAUUUCCCUGGAAUACAUGAUCAGCUGGCUGUGGACUUGAACGACGAUGACAUUCAAGCCGAAGCUGAUCGCCUUGUCUUGUUGAUAUGUUCAAGCAUGAGUUAUCUACUCCAAGAUCAGAUGAAACUCUUCGGGCCAGUAUCGACGCUAUUUCCGGCACAGAUUGCAUAUGUUUGGUUCAAGACAGAUGAGGCUCGCUAUCAAAGCGGCAUUAACUUCGUCAAGGGGGUGGUCACCCAAUUAGUCCAGAAAGGCUUACAAUCUGCGCCGCUUCUAGUGUUUGGGGAAGAUUUGCACUAA